GAAAAAAACAUCUUUAAACGGCGACGGAAGGGGGUCUCGUGAUCGUGGUGGCCCACUGAUGGGAAGUACGAACACGGGAGGCGGCGUCAAGGAGGAAACCUCGACGGAUGGAGAUGGCGGAGACAACGCCGCGGCCGCUGGUCGCAACGACGCCUCCGACCCUAGCGGAGGCGGCGUCUUCGCUGAGGGCGAGAAGGUCCUCGCCUACCACGGCCCUCUCAUCUACGAAGCCAAGGUCCAAAAAGCUGAAAUCCGAAAGGAUGAAUGGAGAUAUUUCGUUCAUUAUCUUGGUUGGAGCAAGAACUGGGACGAAUGGGUUCCAGCUGAUCGCAUGUUGAAGUGUACUGAGGAAAAUAUACGCAAGCAGCAGGCACUAGAAAAGAACCAGAAUAGUGAGAAAAACCCAAGAUCUGGACGAUCAACACAAACCAAGCUCAAAGAUGCAAAAGUGGAUAAAGAGGAUCCAAAAAGCUAUGUGUCAAAAGGCAAGAAGCGGAAGGUUCAAUCUGACCUUCAGGAUGAGAAGAUACCAGAGAAUCUUGUGAAAUUACAAUUUCCUGUAACUCUCAAGAAGCAAUUGGUUGAUGAAUGGGAAUUUGUUACUCAGAUGGGUAAGCUAGUGAAACUUCCUCGUUCUCCAAAUGUUGAUGAAAUCCUAAAGAAGUACCUUGAUUUUCAGAUACAGAAAGAUGGGAUGAUUACUGAGUCAGUUGGUGAGAUGCUUAAAGGCUUGCGUUGCUAUUUUGAUAAAGCAUUACCAGCAAUGCUUUUGUACAAAAAGGAGCGGUUACAAUAUCAUAAAACAAUUCGUGAUGAUGUGUCUCCUUCAACAGUGUAUGGAGCAGAACAUCUUUUGCGCCUUUUUGUGAAGUUGCCUGAACUACUUGCCUGUGUCAACAUGGAGGAGGAAGCACUUGCAAAAUUACAAAAGAAAUUGUUGGAUAUUCUCAGGUUUUUGCAAAAAAAUCAGAGCACCUUUUUCCUUUCAGCUUAUGAUGGUGCCGCUGGAGGAGCCGAUGAAUCUGAUGCCAAAUAGAAACUAAUGGAGUCCACUUUGCAAUACGCAAACUCCAAGUGAGCUAACCUGUUUCUGUUAAAUACUCGAAUGGUUUUGCUACCAGUUUGUACAUUUAACACGAGACGCUUUAGCCAUUCUUUAGCAAAAGAUUGGCUUCGCCUGUUCAAUUAAGCUACAGCUAGUAAAAACACGACUUGUCCAUCGAACAAUGUUCCAACUAAUGAAACUGCUGCCGCACCAUGUGAGUAA